UCCCCCUCCCUUCCUCCUCGCCGCACUCCUCCCGCUCCCUGCGCCGCCGCCCAGCCCCGCGCCGGAGCCGCCAUGGGCCUCACCAUCUCCUCGCUCUUCUCGCGCCUCUUCGGCAAGAAGCAGAUGCGCAUCCUCAUGGUUGGUUUGGAUGCUGCUGGUAAGACAACUAUUCUUUAUAAACUGAAACUAGGAGAAAUUGUCACCACAAUUCCCACUAUUGGUUUUAAUGUGGAAACGGUAGAAUAUAAAAACAUUUGUUUCACAGUUUGGGAUGUUGGUGGUCAAGAUAAAAUUAGACCUCUUUGGAGGCAUUAUUUCCAAAACACACAGGGCCUCAUUUUUGUGGUAGACAGCAAUGACAGAGAGAGAAUCCAGGAAGCAGCAGAAGAGCUGCAGAAAAUGCUUCAGGAGGAUGAGCUGCGAGAUGCAGUGCUGCUUCUGUUUGCGAACAAACAAGAUCUGCCAAAUGCCAUGGCAAUCAGUGAAAUGACAGAUAAACUAGGUCUUCAGUCUCUGCGUAACAGAACUUGGUAUGUCCAGGCUACCUGUGCUACGCAAGGAACUGGUCUGUAUGAGGGACUUGACUGGCUGUCAAACGAACUCUCAAAACGCUAACUCAAACUGGAUGACUCUUUCACCAGGGACAUGUUUGAUAUAAGUGGUCUAGGCUUGUUACAACAAAAUUAGUUUGCAUCUUGGUUAUUACAGUAUCUGGAACUGAUAUUUGGGCAGGAUAUUACAGCGUUUCAACUUAUUUUGUUGCCAAUUAUUGUUUACCGAGCUACAUGUUGCAAAGGUAGCAAUAUGCUUGGGUAAAAAUCUCCUUAACUUGGAAAAAGUGUAUCUUCUGAUUUUAUUCCCCUUGUUAGCCUAAAUGCCUGAAUAUAGUUAUUGUGACAUCUUCAAGAUCUGUUUUGAAUACUCUUUUGAGCCCCAAUAAAUUAAUGUUUUAAUUUUUUUUUUUCCCUGCUACUUUUAGUUUACUGAUGCCCUGUUUCAUUCCUCAGACAGUCUGCUGAUUUAAAAAUGUAGCAUUCCGUAUGUAUUUAUUUCUCUCCCUUGCCAAAAAGAAUUCCUAAUACUGCUUGUUCCAGCCAAGGAAAUGCUCUAAAACACUAUACAAAUCUACUGCACUGAGGAACAUUUUAUUAAUCCUUGGGUUCUGUCAGCCCAACUUGCCUUUGUGUGAAUUGGAUUUGAUGGGUAGAAUAGUUCUGUGCUGGUUGCGAAGAGCUCAUGUUGAGGUUGUUUUUAAUAUUCAGCAGAUUGUCUUCCUUUAUAUUGUAUCUUUUUUUUUUUAUGUUGCAUGUUGCUUUUUGGUAUCAGCCUGACUAUUUUUGCCCAGUGUAUAUUAGUUCUGCUGAAGUUUUACUGUUUGUUGGUGAACAUAUCUUCGUAAAGAAAUUUUGGAAAAUUCAUCAAACUCAAUGGAUUAGUUUCUUCAUAACCCACUUGGAAUUAUUCCUAAUAAAAUGAUAAAAUGUA